UGAAUAUGGAUAAAGAAUUGUGAGAAGUUGAGAAAGAGAAAGAGUAGUGUGGAGGAGGAGUAUGUGUGUUGUGUUAGUGAGUAGCUAAGCUAGGUAGGUGGGUAGCAACUAGCAAGUAAGUGAAUAUUGUUUCGUUUCCUUGCUGUUUUCCUCUCUUAGCUGUUUCCCAUCUCUUUCUCCCUCCCUUGCUUCACUGCCAGGUUCCAAACAUUUCUUUUUCUUUCAUCAGUAAUCCAGUUGCUAUGUGGGUAUAGAAACAUGUUCAAACCAUUCUUCUAACUGCUGUCUUUAUUUGUCAACAAACAAAAGAAAAUGGUGUCAAGAUCUUAUUCAAAUCUACUGGAGCUGGCAUCGGGUGAGUCUCCAUCAUUUGGGACCAUGAACAGGAGAAUCCCUCGGAUUAUGACUGUGGCUGGUUUGAUAUCCGAUGUUGAUGAUGACCCUGCUGAGAGUGUGUGCUCUGACCCCUCUUCUUCCUCUGUCCACCGUGAUAGGAUCAUCAUUGUGGCUAAUCAGCUUCCUAUAAGGGUUCAGAGAAAGCCAGACGGUAACAGGAACUGGCUCUUCACUUGGGAUGACAAUUCACUUCUCCUUCAACUCAAAGAUGGCUUAGGUGAUGAUGACACUGAGGUUAUCUAUGUUGGUUGCCUCAAAGAGGAAGUGCAUCCAAAUGAACAAGAUGAGGUUUCUCAGAUACUUCUUGAGACUUUCAAGUGUGUCCCUACUUUUCUCCCUCCUGAUCUCUUCACCAGGUACUACCAUGGCUUCUGCAAGCAACAGUUAUGGCCACUGUUCCAUUACAUGCUGCCUUUGUCACCAGACCUUGGAGGCAGGUUCAAUAGGUCACUGUGGCAGGCUUAUGUAUCUGUCAAUAAAAUCUUUGCAGAUAGGAUUAUGGAAGUUAUUAACCCUGAGGAUGAUUAUGUCUGGAUACAUGAUUAUCAUCUCAUGGUGUUGCCAACUUUCUUGAGGAAGAGAUUCAACAGAGUCAAACUUGGGUUUUUCCUACAUAGUCCAUUUCCUUCAUCGGAAAUAUACAAGACAUUGCCUAUUAGGGAAGAACUCCUGAGAGCACUUUUGAAUUCAGAUUUGAUUGGAUUCCACACCUUUGACUAUGCAAGGCAUUUUCUCUCAUGUUGUGGUAGGAUGCUUGGUCUAACCUAUGAGUCCAAAAGGGGUUAUAUUGGGAUUGAGUAUUAUGGUAGAACUGUUAGUAUCAAGAUUCUUCCCGUUGGGAUUCACUUGGGACAGCUUCAAUCAGUUUUAAGCAUGUCCAAGACUGAAGAGAAAGUUUCUGAGCUUAUUACACAGUUUACUGAUGAAGGCAAGAUAAUGUUACUUGGUGUUGAUGACAUGGACAUCUUUAAGGGAAUAAGUUUGAAGCUAUUGGCAAUGGAGCAGCUCCUGAUUCAGCACCCUGAGUGGCAAGGAAAGGUUGUGUUGGUUCAGAUAGCCAACCCUGCAAGGGGAAGAGGGAAGGAUGUGAAGGAAGUGCAGGCCGAGACGAAGGCGACCGCGAAACGAAUAAACGAAACCUUUGGGAAGCCAGGGUAUGAUCCUGUUAUUCUUAUUGAAGAGCCACUGAGGUUUUAUGAGAGAGUUGCAUACUAUGUUGUUGCUGAGUGUUGUUUGGUGACUGCAGUGAGGGAUGGAAUGAAUCUCAUACCGUAUGAAUACAUAAUCAGUCGUCAAGGGAAUGAUGGGUUGGACAAAGUUUUGGGAGUAGCUUCCUCUCCAAAGAAAAGCAUGCUGGUUGUGUCUGAGUUUAUUGGUUGUUCGCCAUCUUUGAGUGGCGCAAUCAGAGUGAACCCUUGGAACAUUGAUGCUGUGGCAGAUGCAAUGGACUCUGCCCUUGAAAUGGCUGAUUCAGAGAAGCAGCUUCGGCAUGAGAAGCAUUAUAGAUAUGUUAGUACUCAUGAUGUAGGUUACUGGGCGCGCAGCUUCUUGCAAGAUUUGGAAAGGACUUGUGGUGAUCACGUACGGCGAAGGUGGUGGGGGAUUGGCUUUGGAUUGAGUUUUAGAGUUGUGGCACUUGAUCCUAACUUCAGGAAGCUCUCAAUGGAGCACAUAGUUUCGGCUUACAAGAGGACGACAACUCGGGCGAUACUUCUUGAUUAUGAUGGUACAUUGAUACCUCAGGCAUCCAUUGAUAAGAGCCCAACAAGUAACUCCAUUAAGAUGCUCAACAGUUUGUGUAGGGAUAAGGACAACAUGGUGUUUCUCGUCAGUGCUAGAAGCCGAAAGAGGCUUGCAGAAUGGUUUUCUCCUUGUGAGAGUCUUGUAAUUGCUGCUGAGCAUGGUUACUUUCUAAGAUUGAAAAGAGAUGCAGAAUGGGAAACCUGUGGGCCUGCUAUAGACUGUAGUUGGAAACAAAUUGCAGAACCUGUAAUGAAGCUUUAUACAGAAACAACUGAUGGAUCCACCAUUGAAGAUAAGGAAACUGCACUUGUUUGGUGCUAUGAGGAUGCAGAUCCUGAUUUCGGAUCAUGCCAGGCUAAGGAACUUCUUGAUCAUCUGGAAAGCGUGCUUGCAAAUGAACCGGUAACAGUCAAGAGCGGACAGAACAAUGUUGAGGUUAUACCACAGGGCGUAAGCAAGGGGCUCGUGGCGAAGCGGCUGCUUUCCAUGAUGCAUGAGAAGGGAAUGUCACCUGAUUUUGUUUUGUGUAUAGGAGAUGAUCGGUCGGACGAAGACAUGUUCGAAGUAAUCACCACUUCCAUGGCUGGUUCUUCAGCAACACCCAGGGCUGAAGUAUUUGCAUGUACUGUUGGUAAAAAACCAAGCAAGGCUAAGUACUACCUUGAUGACACCGCUGAAAUAGUGAGAUUGGUGCAUGGUUUGGCUUCUGUUUCGGAACAAAAAGUGUUACUCUAGGCAUGGUAGUGCAAGGAUUCAUUGUCAAUGGCUAUUGGCAAAGCUUGAAAUUCUUGUUUUCUCAAAGGAAGGGGACGAAAGAAAGCGAUGAGUCAAAAGAAAAGGCAGCAGAUGAAAGCUCUACGAAAAUGCUUAUACUCGUUUUCUUCAGGCAUGGGUCAACCGUCAAAGGACUUUGACUCCUUAAUUAGUAUUAUUUUCUUUAUUCAUUGCAUGCACAUUCCUACACCGCAAAAUGCUCAAACAAUGGAGAUUUCUUUUCAUAGUUUAGGGAGGAAAAUAUUUACCUUUGAAUUUAAAAACAAUAGAAAUAGAAUAAAGAUAGAGAGAUGGUGGAUGAAGAAUUUUUAACUUUUCUUGUAUAGAAGAAUCUUUCCCAAUAAGGACUUCCUCAUUAAGGUUCUUGUAAGAAGUCUCUAGUAUUGCGUGUACUUUCUCUGGUAUUUUGUUUUAGGAUUUCUAACGGCAUCUGUGAUUUAGUGUGUGUUUGGAUUACAGUUUGCAAACCAGAGUUUGCAUAAAAUUGAUUUUGUAAAAUUGAUUUUGAUGAUAAGUUAGUUUGAGUUAACGUGAUUUAUGUUUGGUAA